AUGGGAGAGAAUCUGAGCCAUUGGAAAAACCAAAUAAGGUCACGCGCAAGGAAAGCCAAGGCGCACAAGCUGGUGACAGGUGGCGGUCCCAGCUUAACAAGUGAGCUCUCUGAAAUUGCGGUUGAUGGGUUGGCAGAUGUACCAACCAUUGGCACAGAGGAAGAAGUAGUUUUCACAGCUGCACCGUCACCUCUAAAUACGACUUCGGAUGCAUCCAAUAAUUGCACUCCGUCAUCGUCCCGUAGUAAAACAAUGACGACGGACGAAAUGUUCCGAAAUUAUAUGGAUUUAAUGGAAGGAAAAGCCGAGGGGGAGAGAGCUUUCCGUAUGCAAACUUUAGAUUCCAUUAAUAAACAAUCGGAAUCCAUUAAUAAUUUAGCGGCAGCGGUGGUGUCGCUUGCUCAGACCAAUGUAAAAAACACAGAAGAUUGUACAAAAAAGUUAAAAAUGUGCUUUUUUAUGUACAUAUGUAUUAUUUUAUUGUGAUGUUUUUUGUACAAAAAAGUGAAAGUGAAAAAUGUUCCUUUUUAUA